GCAGCAGCAGCAGCAGCAGCAGCAGCAGCAGCGGUAUCAACGGCAACGGCGGCACUAUCACAAUCAGGAUAUCACCAUCACCACGAGUUUCGAGACACCCUACUUCCCACGCCAGUGCUGCGGCGCUGGCUGGUGUAGCUCAGUGGUGGUCUAGUUAUGCCGGUGUAGCCGUUCGUGCGCCAGGAGUGUGCCCUCUUCCAUCGUAGGCAGAGCUCGCCACCUUGCGUUCCGCGAUCUACCCACACCCGAUACAUCGACCCCCUACCGCCGUGUCCUCCGGUGCUCCCACCCCGGCGGCAACGCUCUCUCCCUCUCGCUGUCGCUCCCUCCCGCGUGCGCGUUGCCCGACCCUCGGAAAUUCUGAAAGCGGUUCGCGCCUGUGCAACGUGGGGGUGGCAAGGGACCGAAAAUCGAGGUGAAAGGAACUCCGCGGAUCCGGCCUAAGGGUCUCUCCUAGGGCUGAUGCGUGUCGGCCGUGCCCCCUCGCGUGUGCGUUCUGUGAGCGCGAAAAAUUGAUACACGCGCGCGCGCGCGCGCCUACGUGCAUAUAUACACACACACACACACGUACACACAUACACACAGAUAUAUACAUAUACACACGUAUAUUAUACAUACAUAUGCACACACACACACACACGGGCGUGCGUUUCGUACACGCGUGGAUACGCGCGUAGACUCAGCCGCGACGUGUCGCUGAUAUUUUCACUCGCCGCGGGCGAUUACCCUGCUUUCGUUCGCUCCUUCGCUCGUCCGCUGCGCCGCCUGGUUAUCGCGAACGGCUUCGCCACGCUCUCGAGGAAGGAAGGGCACUGUCCGCGACGCGCGAAUCGGUAACCGGGAACGCGUUUCCCCGUCGGAGUACACGACGCCGUUGGUGACGUUCGAUCGCGCGCCCGGCUGCAUCCUCGAGUGACAUACUUUCGGCCGCGAGGCCGAACAGAAACUCUCCUCGGAGGGCUGCUUGCCGCAGAAGGUGGCGGACUGUGCGGGAUAGUGUGAUCCAGCUCGAGUGUACACCGAUGAGCUGCGAGAGUACGCAGGUGGGAGUUUGCAGUUUGCAGUGUGACAUGUCAGUGCGUCGUCGGGCGUAGUGACCGUUCGCAUCGAGUUUCGCUGUCAGUGAGAACCCGCGGCUCCGCUCGUACGCUGUCACCACCGUCGCGUGCCGCGCGUUAAUCGACGGAUCGCGCGUACGAGUGCAGGCUGACUGGCUGCUGGAGAGAGUGAUCUUCUCCGCCACCGAGUGAUAUUCGUGCGGGCUGCUACGAUCACAGUAAACCCGAAGGACCCGGCUCUUCAGGUGCGUGGGGAAUCAUGUGUCCCCGAUUGCAGCCCUCCGUCGAGGGUUAAGUCGUUGAUUCGGUGCCGCGCGAUCUCGGCUAACACGAGUCCGCGUGUGUUGUGUCGCGACAAGCUCGUCGUACGCCCGGAGGCAUUCCUUGCCGUCACACGAGAAGGUGAUCUCGCUGAGGGCCCACCGUGUACCACAUUCCCGCGCUGCAAGAUAAAGAGGACAUGGUGAGAGAGCGAGGAAGGGUGACUGGAAGGACAGACGGAAGGGAGAGAGCAGUAGCGGCGCGGCGGUUGGCGGGGAGGACUUGGAACCUUGCGAGGAUGCGGGACCGGCUCUCGUGGUACAUGGUCUUCCUGAUCCUGCCGACGAUCCUACUAGCCAGGUCGCUCGAUAAAGAUCGACGCGUGCCCUACAAUAUACCGUCAGACUGGCGGGCCCUCUGGUUCAGCAAUGUCGACGAGCUGCAGAGAGUGAAUGAAGCGAACGACAACAACACUGUCUCGAACGUCACGGUGCAAUUGGGCGGCACCGCCUUCCUUCAUUGCAAAGUUCGCAAUUUGGCGGAGAGGACCGUUUCCGAUGUCGAGAUAUCGUGGAUCCGGCGACGUGAUUUCCACGUCCUAACAAGCUCUAUGUUCACGUAUACGAACGACGAGCGAUUUCAAGUCCUGCAUCCCGAGGGCUCGGACGAUUGGACCCUUCAAAUAAAAUACGUCCAAGAGAGAGACAACGGGACGUACGAGUGUCAGGUCUCGAGAAAUACAGGGAUCCUGUCACACUUCGUCAAUCUAAAUAUAGUAAUACCAGAGGCGUUUAUAUUAGGGAGCGAUGAGCAUCAUGUCGACGUAGGAUCUAUCAUAAACCUCGUAUGCAUAAUAGAAAAGAGUCCGACGCCGCCGCAAUACGUGUUCUGGUAUCACAAUAACCGGAUGAUAAACUACGACACCACGCGCGGCAGCGUGAUCGUACAAACUGAUCCAGGACCAACUCAAAGCCGGCUGACGAUUCGCCAGGCGGUGGAGUCCGACACGGGCAAUUACACGUGCAGCGCCUCCAACACCAAACCAGCAUCGAUCUUCGUCUUCGUCACCGAAGGUGACAAGAUGGCAGCGAUACAGCGUCGCAAGACGUCGGCAGCGAAGAGGAAUCUGGCGGGCGUGCUGGUGUCGGCGGUAGUCGUCGUAGCGGGCGUCGUUUUAGCGCGAUAAGCGUUUCACUUCGAAAUGUCCAUAACUAUUACACCAUUACUUCCGUUUGUGAUAGAUAGUAUAUUACUCCCGGGACUUUACGGUCCACCCGCUGGCCCAUUCCUUUUUCAUCGUCCCGCGCGCUCCUCUCAUUCUCAUCCAGAACCUCGCCCCUCGCUCUCACCCAGACCGUUUCCGCGCCUCAUUCCCUCUCACGGACCAUCUCUUUUGCCUCUCCUCGUUUCGGUCUUCCGUUACACCUCUUCUAUAACCCUUCUCCCCUCCUUAUUUACCUUAGUCGAGGUUGCCGCCGGCUGGACUACUUAGAUAUGCGAGAUUUUCGUGGAAGAUUGCGCGAUUGCCUGCUCC